AUGGACGAUCACGAUCUUGAGCUCGAAAAAGUGAAAUUAAUCAGCUUGGCUGUCGAAUUCGGAUUCGAUGAAUACUCCGCUAAGAAAUGCUUAGAUCGCCUCAUUGAACUCUACGGCGAGGAGGGCAGAGAUUUCAUCCGUGUGGAGUAUUGCGGCGAUGAUUUUUUGGCGGCAUUGGCGGAAUCCAUGCGAGACACGGAGGACUGGGAAAAUGAUGAUUUUCAAGCAAUGGAGUCUGAGGCUUGUGGAGCUUUGGCCGAAAUGCUGGACAAGGAUAUUAAAAUUCAGGUCGAAAGAAAUGAGGAAAGAAAGGAUAAUGGGGGUGUUAUCUCUGAAAAUUCUGUUCAGGUUAUUCUAGAUUCUUCUUCAGGUGAUAGUGAGAAAGAUGACGACGACGAUGAUUUUAUAAUUCCUAGAAAAAAUGGUGGUAACAGCAUUACAAUUCAGAGUCAGGGCCUUGAUAGACGUUCGAGUAAAAGAACUUCGAUGUCUGAGGUAUUAGAUGCUUUUUUGAGUCACAGUGUUACACCUAGUUCAGUUUCAUCCUCAGGGAGAUUUUCAGACAAGACAAAUAACGAACCCAGGACCUUGACAUAUGAGGAGUUGUUGCAUCUGGAUGACAUUGAAUUGGCUAACGUAGUUGUAUUUGGAAACUGUAGCUUUCGGCCUUUACAGUAUAAGGCUUGUAAAGCAUUUCGGGAACAGAAUGACUGCUUUAUCCUCAUGCCAACAGGAGGUGGUAAAAGCCUUUGUUACCAGCUUCCAGCCAUUUUACAACCAGGGGUUACAAUUGUUAUAUCCCCACUGCUUUCCCUCAUUCAGGACCAAAUAUUCACCCUGAACCUCAAGUUUGCCAUACCAUCUACUUUUCUAAAUUCUCAACAGACUCCUUCACAAUCCGCAGCAGUAUUUGAAGAAUUAAGGAGAGUUAGACCAUCAUGUAAGCUACUUUAUGUAACUCCUGAAAGAAUUGCAGGAAAUUUACCAUUUCAAGACAUCCUAAAAUGUCUGUACAGGAAGGGGCAAUUGGCUGGAUUUGUUGUUGAUGAAGCACAUUGUGUAAGCCAAUGGGGACACGACUUUCGUCCAGAUUAUAGAGUUUUGGGAUGCCUCAAGAGGAACUUCCCCAGUGUUCCUUUAAUGGCAUUAACAGCCACAGCAACCGAAAAAGUUCGUGAGGACAUCUUAAAUGCCCUUGCAAUUCCUCGUGCACUCGUUCUAGAGAUGAGCUUUGACAGACCCAACUUAAAGUAUGAAGUACUUGAGAAGAGCAAAGAACCACUCAAGCAGCUUGGAAGAUUACUGUUGGACCGUUUCAAGAAUUUAUGUGGCAUUGUGUACUGUCUUUCAAAAAGUGAAUGUGCAGAGGUCUCAAAAUAUCUUAAUGAAAAAUGUAACGUCAAAACAGAGUAUUACCAUGCUGGAUUGGCAGCUCGUCAGAGGAUAGCAGUUCAAAAGAAAUGGCAUGCUGGAGAAGUGCAUGUUGUAUGUGCCACGAUAGCUUUUGGGAUGGGAAUAGACAAGCCAGAUGUUAGGUUCGUUGUUCACAAUACAAUGUCAAAAUCAAUUGAAAGCUAUUAUCAAGAAUCUGGAAGAGCAGGCAGAGAUAACUUUCCUGCUACAUGCAUUGCUCUAUACCAGAAGAAGGAUUUCAGUCGUGUGGUCUGUAUGUUAAGAAAUGGGCAAGGGCGCAAAAUUGAGAGCUUCAAAUUGGCUAUGGAUCAAGCUCGGAAAAUGCAACACUAUUGUGAACUUAAGACUGAAUGUCGCAGACAAUACUUAUUAGCUCAUUUUGGAGAGUCCUUUGACCCAAACGGCUGUAAAAAUGGUUCUAGUCCCUGUGACAACUGCUUGAGGGCUUCCUCAUAGAGUAAUUCUGAUCGUGAGCGAAAGCUAUGAUAGGGAAAUCUUUGGGUGCUUACAUCUAUCUACUCGUCCAAAGAACAAGCAAGCAGAAAGGAAAUGGAUUGACAUGUGCCCAAGUCAAUAAUUACAUUAUUAUUGUUCAAUACAUAUCCGGGGCACUGGACAGAU